AUGGCUAAUAACUCUAAUAGUAAUGCAAUAAAAGAAACCAAAAAUAUUCAAAAUAUAACCAAAAUUGAAGAUUUGGAUUUUGAAAAUAUAAAUUUAUUUAGAGGAGAGACACCAACUGAUAUCAAAAAUCAAUGUUUACAGUUAUGUAAGGAUUAUCUGUCGGGUGAAUGGAUUCAACAAACAGUGGACACCAUUACUAUCACACGUAUUAUGGGUGGACUCACUAAUCAAUUAUAUUAUUGCGGUAUUAAUGAACCAAAUCAGACAUCAAAAAUACCACAAGAAGUGGCGGUCAAAUUGUAUGGUAAAAAAUCUAUAAAAAAUAGCGAUAACUAUGAAAGACUUCCCGAUGUUAUCAUUGAUUUGUUGGUAUCUGAAAAUGAACUUGGUCCUAAAGUCUAUGCUAUAUUUGAACAUGGACAAAUUUUAAAAUAUUAUAAGCAUAGACAGUUCAGAAUUGCUGAACAAAGUAAUACCAAACUGGUUGAUGAAGUGUUCCGCAAAUUGGCCCGAAUUCACGCUAUGGAUGUGCCCAUCAAACGUACAAAUAAUCGUUUGGAUCUAAUUUAUGAAUCGUAUAAAUUUGCAUUUGAAGGCAAUUUUGAUAUAAAAACAAUUUUUGAAAAAAACAAUUGUCAAACACUAUUAAAUACUGAUAUUAAAAGUGAAAUUCAGUUUAUUAGAGAUAUAAUAGUAAAAGCCAACAGUCCUACUGUAUUCAAUCACUGUGACUAUAGAUCAAGUAAUUUAUUAGUUACUGAAUCAGCCGAUAAAACUGACGGUCCAAUAGUUGUCUGUGAUUUUGAAUACGGAUCAUACGGUUACAGAGGUUACGACUUUAUAUUAUUGAUACGAGAAUGGGGUCGAAAACCGUUAGAUUUAACUGUUGAUGGAUUCCCUCUUAAAGACUCACAAAUGAAAUCAAUUCUGUGA